UUUCUAUAGGCUCCAGGGAGGUUACGGCCGAGGCGGCGGCGGCGAGCCCGGGGGCGAGGCGCGGACGGGAAGAGGAAAAGCCUCCGGCAGACCCUGCGGGCGGCGGCACAGCCACGGCCGCGCUCCGAGGUGAAGCCGCGCGCGGAGAGGAAGCGGGUGUUUUUCCCUCUGCCUUUCGGCCCCCGCCCUUCCUUUCAGUUUCUCCCCGCUCGCUCGGAAGUUGGCGGUUGACAAAAAUGGCAGGAGCCGGGGCCCGGGCCGGUUGCCGCAGCGCCGCGGGGACCUUCUGAGUUGGCCCGGUCACAGGGAGACUCGUGCAGGGGCGUCCGAUGCGCGGGGCCCGGGGUCUUGGGAGAGCUCAGCCGCUGCGGGCCCCAGACGAGGAGGCGACAGGGAUGGACUCGCGUCGACAGCCAGCGGCGGGCCGCCGGGCGCGCGGUUUGGGAGGGCGUGCCGCCGCGGCGCCGGGCCGCGCGCUGUGAACCGGCGAGGCGGGAAGGGGCCGCAGCGGCGCUCGGCACGCCCGGGCGUGGCGGGCGGGCGAGAGCUUGAGCGCGAUCCGGGCGGCCGCUGUGCGCAAUCAGUGCAGGCUCCCGCCCGGCUCUGACUCGGCGCGGCAGCGACAGCGCGGGCCACACCCUCUGCCCUGCUGCCGCCGGCGCCGCUUCCCGAGAGCGGGAGGCAGGAGAUGCGCCCGGGGCGGCCGCGCGUCUCGGAGAGCCAGCCCCGGCCGCCGUCGCGGGGAAGUGCCGCCUGGCGGGGUCACGGCGCCUGAAGCCCACGUGCGCCGCCAAGCCCGAGGUGGCCUCGAGCGCGGCGGCUGACAGCAGAGUCUGCCUGUGCUGCCUCCCGCGCUCCUCCCCGAGGAAAGGAUUUUGAUUUCAAAGAAAGGAAGGAAGGACAACUCCCAGCUUCCCCGUCCCGCCCUCACCUCUCCGAGGGCCGGGCCAGGCCAUGCCCAGGAAGGCGGCGGCGGCGAACCAGCAGAAGGGACUUUCCUGGCCUCCCGGAGACAAGGAGCGCGGACAGUGAGUUUGCUCUGCUGCGGUUCAUGGUUCCUGCAAGCCCUCUAGGAGGCCGAAAGCUGCAGCCCCUCCCCUUGCCCCGAAGAGCCUUCCGCGUUCUCUGGCCCUCGGGCCCACCCUGCGCCGCCCGGGCUCCCGCCGCCGCAGCCCAGUGCCUUCUGCCCGCGGCGGUGGAUGGCAUGAUGGUGCGAGGAAGGCACCGCGGCCUUGGCCAGCUGAGUCGCGACGGCCGCCGGGGCGGCGGCAGUGGCCGCGGCAGCGGCGGUGGUAGCGGGGUCCCCAGCGGCAUGCCAGUGCCCCCUGGGCGCGAUGGCUAGCGGCAGCGCCGGGAAGCCCACUGGCGAGGCGGCUUCUCCGGCUCCUGCGACCGCCAUCGGCGGGACCAGCUCGCAGCCGCGGAAGAGGCUGGUAUCCGUCUGCGAUCACUGCAAGGGCAAGAUGCAGCUGGUAGCCGACCUGCUGCUGCUGUCGAGCGAGGCGCGGCCAGUGCUCUUCGAGGGCCCUGCCUCCUCUGGUGCCGGCGCCGAGUCCUUCGAGCAGUGCCGGGACACCAUCAUCGCGCGCACCAAGGGGCUCUCCAUCCUCACCCACGACGUGCAGAGCCAGCUCAACAUGGGCCGCUUCGGGGAGGCGGGGGACAGCCUGGUGGAGCUGGGCGACUUGGUGGUGUCGCUGACCGAGUGCUCGGCCCACGCGGCCUAUCUGGCGGCUGUGGCCACGCCGGGCGCCCAGCCGGCGCAGCCGGGCCUGGUGGACCGCUACCGCGUGACGCGCUGCCGCCAUGAGGUGGAGCAGGGUUGCGCCGUGCUGCGCGCCACGCCGCUGGCCGACAUGACGCCGCAGCUGCUGCUGGAGGUGUCGCAGGGCCUGUCGCGCAACCUCAAGUUCCUGACGGACGCGUGCGCCCUGGCCAGUGACAAGUCACGGGACCGCUUUUCGCGGGAGCAGUUCAAGCUGGGCGUCAAGUGCAUGAGCACCAGCGCGUCGGCGCUCCUGGCCUGCGUGCGCGAGGUGAAGGUGGCGCCCAGUGAGCUGGCGCGGAGCCGCUGCGCGCUCUUCAGCGGGCCCCUGGUGCAGGCAGUCAGCGCCCUAGUAGGCUUCGCCACCGAGCCGCAGUUCCUGGGUCGCGCGGCAGCUGUGAGCGCCGAGGGCAAGGCGGUGCAGACCGCCAUCCUGGGCGGCGCCAUGAGCGUGGUGUCGGCCUGCGUGCUCCUGACCCAGUGCCUCAGGGAUCUGGCGCAGCACCCCGACGGGGGCGCCAAGAUGUCGGACCACAGGGAGAGGCUGAGGAACUCGGCCUGCGCCGUGUCUGAAGGCUGCACCCUGCUAUCUCAGGCUUUAAGGGAGAGGUCUUCGCCCAGGACUUUACCGCCAGUGAAUUCCAAUUCUGUGAAUUAGCACCCCACCCCCAUACCCCUUCUUCCACCCCCAGACUAAAGGAAGAUACUUACUCUGCCCCUCACCAUUUAUACCAAAGAAAUCAUAGGUGAAACCCCCUACCCUCCCCAACAUUAAAUGCUCGAGAGGAAUCUUAAGGCAGGGCCAUGCACACAACCUGCACACGCACUUGGAGGGCCCAGGUGUCUGUCCACCAGGCCCCACGCAGUAGGGACUGGAAGAUGGAAGAUGUGUCAUUUGCUGGUUGCGUUAUCACUCCCGCCCCCUACCCCAGCCUGUCUUCCGGAAGUUCUCAACUAAAUUUGAUUAUUGGGCAGGAAGGAGGUCAUGGGUUCAUUUCAUUUUUUUGUGUUUUUAAUUAAAAGAAAGGUUACCUCAGUUUUCACUCCUUAGACAUGGAUGUAGCUACCUUUUUUGUAUGUCUUUUUUUUUUUUUUUUUUAAGCAAUCGUGUUGAAUUAGGAAUAUACUUAGUGUGGAAAGGGUAUGAAUUUGCCAUGUGAUUUGCAAAUGGGGGAAGCUACUGUGAGUGUGUGUUUUUUUAAUUUACACUAUAGAGUGAUUUUUCCCCCCAACGUCAAGUUUUUACCUUGCAUGUACUGGAGUAUUUAUUUCAUCUAUUAAAAUGUUAUGUUUCUCAGA